AUGGCGACCGACGGUUCCGACCCCAUUCCCCCCCACAAGACGUUCGAUACCAUCUUGGUUCUCGACUUCGGCUCGCAGUACACGCAUCUGAUUACGCGCCGCCUCCGCGAACUCAAUGUCUACUCUGAGAUGCUGCCAUGCACUACUAAGAUCGCCGAUCUGCCCUUCACGCCCAAGGGAGUCAUUCUCUCUGGCGGUCCAUACUCUGUCUACGAGGAAGGCGCACCACACGUCGACCACGCCGUCUUCGAUCUUGGCGUACCGAUCCUGGGAAUAUGCUACGGACUACAAGAGAUGGCCUGGCACUUUGGAAAGAACGCUGGCGUAGCUGCUGGCGAGAAGAGGGAAUACGGACGCGCGAACCUGAAGGUUGAGAGCCACGGUGGACACAUGGACCAGCUGUUCAAAGAUCUGAGCAAUGAUCUGGAGGUCUGGAUGAGUCACGGCGACAAGCUGAGCCAUAUGCCCGAGGGCUUUGAGACGGUUGCGACAACUACCAAUGCGCCGUUCGCGGGUAUUGCGCAUAAGACGAGCAAGUACUACGGCAUUCAGUUCCACCCCGAGGUUACACACACAAAGGAGGGCAAGGUCCUGUUGAAGAACUUCGCCGUCGACAUCUGCGAGGCCAACACCAACUGGACUAUGAGCAAGUUCGUCGAUCAGGAGAUUACGCGCAUCAGGAAGUUGGUGGGCGACAAGGGACAGGUCAUUGGUGCCGUCAGCGGUGGUGUCGACUCGACUGUUGCUGCGAAACUGAUGAAGGAGGCAAUUGGCGACCGCUUCCACGCCGUCAUGGUCGACAACGGCGUCCUCCGACUCAACGAGGCCGUUCAAGUCAAGAAGACGCUCGAUGAGGGCCUGGGCAUCAACCUCACUGUCAUUGAUGCGUCCGACCUCUUCCUCGACCGCCUAAAGGGUGUUACCGAUGACCCCGAGAAGAAGCGCAAGAUCAUCGGCAACACUUUCAUCGAGGUCUUCCAGAAGCAAGCCGAGAAGAUCAAGGCAGAAGCCCAUGAAUCUGCCAACGCCGGUGAGAUCGAGUGGCUCCUCCAGGGCACCCUCUAUCCCGACGUCAUCGAAUCCCUUUCCUUCAAGGGUCCCUCCCAGACCAUCAAGACCCACCACAAUGUUGGCGGUCUACCAAAAGACAUGAAGCUCAAGGUCAUCGAGCCUCUCCGUGAGUUGUUCAAGGAUGAAGUCCGUGAACUAGGCAAAGAGCUUGGUAUCCCAGAAGAUCUCGUCUGGCGCCACCCCUUCCCCGGUCCAGGUAUCGCUAUCCGCAUCCUGGGCGAGGUCACGCGGGAACAAGUCCGUAUUGCGCGCGAAGCCGACAACAUCUUCAUCGAAGAGAUCAAGGCCGCCGGCUUGUACAAGAAGAUUAGCCAGGCGUUCGCUGCACUCCUGCCCGUCAAGGCGGUUGGUGUUAUGGGUGACAAGCGUGUUCACGACCAGGUUAUCGCAUUGAGGGCUGUUGAGACGAGCGACUUCAUGACAGCGGAUUGGUACCCCUUCGAUGGCGAAUUCCUUAAGAGGGUCAGCAGGAGGAUUGUGAACGAGGUGAAUGGAGUUUGCCGUGUGGUAUACGAUAUCACCAGCAAGCCCCCGGGUACUAUCGAGAUGGAGUAG